AUGAGCACAGCAAGUUUACGGGGCCGGAAGCGACGCGCAGCUUCUCCUGAUGAUAAUAGCUCCAGCACCAGAAGGGUCGCCACGGCGUCCUCAACGGCGGGCUACAACCGGAACUUUCAACAACACCUCGUUAAACAUGGAAUUUACCCUAAGGGUUUCGAGUAUUCUGGUGGUCGAAAAUUUCCAAAGCCAAAUAAUUGGGAAGAGAUAAUUGAGAGGUUGACCCAACCAAGGCGCUCCCUUUCACCCUCAAGGUUCCCCGAGCAGGAGUUUGAAAGAUUUGACGAAGUAGAUACAGAGGCCUACCGGAAGAAGAACAUAUUAAUAGAAGUUAUCAAAACUAUUGAUGGAGAUACUGGAGACGCUACAUGUGUUGGAGGAGAUUAUUCAUUUGCAAACCUUUCUCCUCUGACAGAUGGCUUGUUGGUACCAGCAAGGCCGGACCAUUUCCUUGGUGCUCGCCCUGAGGGUCUCAAGGCGGAAAUCAGGAAGGAUCUUAAGCAUAAAAUUGUCCCGACAACGUCGGACCACCGUCCUAUAGCCCCUAACUUCUUCUUGCAAGUAAAGGGACUAGAUGGAUCCCUUGCUGUCGCCUUUCGCCAAGCUUGCUACAAUGGUGCGUUGGGUGCUCGAGGAAUGCAUUGUCUCCAGUCAUAUAAGCAGGAACCUAUAUAUGAUGGUAACGCCUACACGAUUACAUCGACUUAUCACGGGGGUAUGCUCAAGCUCUAUACAACACAUCUCACUGCACCCACCCCAGAACACGGUGGCGGUCCUAAAUACAUUAUGACCCAGCUUAAAGCUUUGGCUAUGACAGGAGAUUCGGAAGCGUUUCGAAAGGGAGCAACUGCAUAUCGAAACGCACGGGAUUGGGCAAAAGAACAGAGGGAUAAGUUUAUCAGAUCUGCAAAUGAGAGGCACGCGCAAUCUCAAUCCGAAGUUCUCUCAACGUCUGAUGAAGUCGCAUCGACUCCAAUAACACAAGAUGACUCGGACACAAAUAUUUUCUCGUUUCCACCUCUUCCCAUGUAUAACUGCACUGUGUACAUAUGUGCGGUACGGCCCGAUGUGUAA